GCGUCGCACCGUUGCUCAGAGUGGACGUGUGUUUGUUAAGUUGUUGUGCAUUUUUAAAUUUAAAUUUAUUUACAUUUCUCGAUGCAGUUUAGAAGUUCCCAUUUCUCGGUACCUCCUUGUCUUGCUUGGGAGAAGUUGAACGUAGCCUGUCGGCCAUAUUGACAAGUGUCGGACCUCCUGCUCUAAAGUGCGAGUAAAUCGAGUGACGUAGUCGAGUGUGAACGAAGUUUGGAGCCGGAGUGCAGUGUUACCUAAUUCAACUUUUUGUAUCUUUGCGCGGAUUUGAUCUCCCGGCCCCCUGCGUCCGUGUCGGCGGCUUUACCGCUGCGCUACGAGAGCUUGAGCGAGCCGGCGCGAAAUUGCGAUACAAGUUCAACGUCGUUAUCGGUCGGAGUGACGCGCUGCGAUAUUGAACCUUAGUGACAAGCAAAUAGAAGUCAUAUUUACAAAAUGUCGUCGUGUCAAUCCUGUGAUCUUCUGAUCAAUAAUAAUGACUAUUUACAAUGUACGGCAUGCAGUGGGCUUUACCAUUUGUCUUGCCUAGACUUAACUUUGGAGCAAGCUUUAAACGUGAGACAAGCGUGGUUAUGUUCGUUUUGUUCAUCGGUCAACACGCGGAGACGGAGAAAUGACAACACCCCCGUUCAGCGUGCUGCUUUUGACGACUCUGUCAUGUCGUUGGAUGAUUCACACGCUGCAGACAGGCCCCCCCUCGUAGUUAGAACAGACAAUAGCAAUUUGUUAGUGACGCCGCCGAAUUCCUAUCAUGAAAUAAGAAAUAUAUCUGGAAAUAGCAGUUCACUUUUAACAUCUGGUCCUGAAGCGGUAUUACACGAUAUUUUGACGAAAGUGUCGGCGUUACAGACUCAAUUCUCGGCGAUCCAAGCAAUACAAUCGGAUUUGUCCCAAGUUAAGAAUGAUAUUGCCGAGAUGAGGAGCAGUAUCGACUCCAAAUUGACUGACUUAGCCGGCAGAAUGAGCACGAUUGAGUCUCGGGUCACCGCACUGGAAGAGUGCAAAGCAGAAUUAGACGACGUAAAAAAGGCAAUCGGCGAUGUUAUAAACGAUUCCCGAAGAAAUGAACAGUGGGUUAGGCGAUCUAACAUACAAAUCAAUGGCGUGCCGGAAACAAAGGGAGAAAACUUGUUCACCAUUCUGAAAUCGUUAGCGGACCUUAGUGGAUACUCGCUGAAUACGAAUACCGACGUAGACUUUGUUACGCGUGUUGCUGUGAGGAACGACUCGGACGGCGCCAUACCGAAACCCAUUAUUGUUAAGAUGCAAGCGCGCUAUAAAAAAGACGACUUCAUGGCGUCACUUCGUAAAUUAAGAAAUUUAAAAGCUUCCGACUUAGGAUACAGUACCAGCCUUAAUCGAAUUUACGUGAAUGACCAUCUCUCGACUUACAAUAAAUAUCUACUCAAAGAGGCGAAACAACGAGCCAAACAGAAAAAAUAUCAAUUUUGCUGGGUUCGCAAUUGCACAGUCAUGGUUCGUCGCGAUGAAAAGUCCCCGGUUUUGUAUAUUGGGUCGGAAGAGGCUUUAAACAAAAUUUCAUAGGCGUUACAACUUUAGCUUUGCAUUUGUGUAUCGAAAACCUUUACCUCUAUAUUUUAUUACUUAAAUUGUGUGUAAGUGAUAUUAAUAUUUGCAGAAACAAAUUAUAUCUUGGUUGUAUUUCUUGCUAUAAAUUAGUUCAUGGAAUAUUUAUUUUCGAUUUAUCUAAGAACAUUAUUUCUUGCAUAUUAUUGCUUAUUAUUGCUGGAGCUUGGCUUGCUAUUGAAAUGCUUUUUGUUCUGAGAUCCAAAUACAAAAAUAUUGAAUUAAAUAUUAAUUUUAUCUUUAAAUAAUGGACGGUAAUAUUAGUAUAUAUUAUCAAAAUGCACGGGGCUUAAGGUCAAAAACAAUUGAAUUUCUCCGUAACGUAUUAAGAUUUGAUUACGACUUUGUUUGUAUUACGGAAACCUGGCUCCUGCCUGGAAUAUUUGAUUCUGAACUUUUCGAUUCCCGAUACUCGGUUUACCGUACUGACCGUGAUUAUGAGCGAGUAGGUAUGACGCGGGGAGGAGGUACGCUUAUAGCCGUGCAUCGUAAGUUCAGAGCUGAAGUACGCGAUCUUCACCCAUUCGUCGAUUUACUUGACGCUGACGUCACCUGGAUUGAUGUACCU